AUGGAGCGUAUGGUGAAUCGUAGACUGAUGCAGUUCCUGGAAGACGGCAAAUAUUUAGACAAUCGGCAGUUUGCUUUUCGGCAGGGUUUUGGUACUAGUGUUUAUCUUGGAUCACUUAGCGACACGAUCUGGUGCGCCAUCGAUUCAGGCCAGCACGUCGACAUUGCCAUCCUGGAUAUUGCAAAGGCGUACAAUUCCGUCUGGCGUGCGGGAGUCCUUCGUCAGCUACGCGAUUGGGGCAUUAAAGGUAGACUUGGGCUUUUUCUGCAGGAUUACCUAGCUGACCGCAAGUUCAGAGUAGGGAUUGGAGGAUGUCAAUCCGACGAGUUUGUGGAAGUGAAUGGUGUUCCUCAGGGCUCAGCGCUUGCUGUUACACUGUUCCUGGUUAGUGUCAACUCCGUGUUCCAUUGUCUACCAAGGGAUGUGUACGUCUUUGUGUAUGCGGAUGAUAUCGUCAUUGCUGUGUCUGGAAGAAGCAUUCGUCUAGUCCGUAGGAAAAUACAAACCGCGGUAAACGCGAUUGGACGCUGGGCUGAAUCAGUCGGUUUCUCAAUUGCUGCAGAGAAGUGCGCGAUAACGCACUGUUGCAACUCACACCAUGUGGCAACUGGUGUUCCGGUGAAACUGGGAAGCGUCAACAUUCCGUUCAGGCGUGAACCUAAGAUACUUGGUGUGACCAUCGACCGGAAAUUCUCCUUCGCACCGCACUUCCGCAGAACUAAACAAGAAUGCGAAAGCCGCCUAAGACUACUACGCACCAUCAGCUCGCGUCAUCCCAGAUGGAACAGGCAUACCGGGCUGAAUAUCAGCAGAGCUCUCAUCAAUAGCCGCAUAUUCUACGGGGUGGAAGCAACGUGCACCAAUAGAAGCGGCUUGAUAAGUGUACUUGCUCCACUCUACAACAGAUCGGUGAGGCUCUGCUCAAAUCUUUUGCCCGGUACCCCGGCAACAGAUGCUUGUGUGGAGGCAGGGGUUCUCCCUUUCCGCUGGAUCGUUGCAGUUACCAUCAUCAAACGUGCUCUCAGUUAUCUUGAAAAAACCACAGGGAACGAUUGUGUGUUGCUCCAGGUGACUAAAGAGAUUUAUCGCAGUUUCGUUGGAACUGAUUUUCCGAAGCUUGCCCGGUUACACCGCGUGUGGUUCGAGAGAAGAAUCAAUAUCGACACCAGCUUGGCAUCAACACUAGGAGCAAACCCCAGCUCUAGCGUGGCAACAGCGAAGUUCGCGGAACUGGUGAACACAAGAUUCCUCCACCACAUGCGAGUGUUCACCGACGGAUCCAAGUGCAACGAUUCAGUCGGCAUUGGAGUCAGCGGCAUCGGAAGGGGCUUAUGUCUUAAAAUGCCGAAAUUGUGCUCGGUUUUUUUGGCGGAAGCCACGGCCAUAGCACAUGCUGUUUGCCGUGUCCCAGCCCAUAUUCCAGUGGUCGUUUUUGCCGACUCGCUUUCGGUGCUCUCAGCUCUGGAAGCGGGAAAAUCACGGCACCCAUUCAUUCAGGCAAUAGAAAUAAACUGCACACCGAUGACAACUUUGUGUUGGGUCCCCGGUCACAGCAAUAUUCAUGGCAACGAGCGGGCGGACACGCUGGCGGCAGCUGGUAGGUCGGCACAGGCAUUCGCGACGGACACCGUUCCUGCGGCUGACAUCUUCAAAAACUUUAAAAACGAAGCUAUCGUUCACUUUACGCGACACUGGAGAAGCUCCACCGGGUUGUUAAGUAAAGUUAAAGGCGAUUUGACUCGAUGGAACGAUAGGGACAACAGACGGGAACAAAGGGUCCUGUCCAGGUUGCGUGCCAGACACACAAGGGUGACCCAUGCUCACACGAUCACCAGAUGUGAUCCACCAAUUUGCACAACAUGCGACACCAGAUUAAGGCAAGGCGCAAAUUGA